AUGCACUUCUAUACCAACAUCUUCCUUUUGGCUUUCUUUGCCAUUACUGGGAUUCUCUUUCCCAGUGACAACAACAUGGUUGUUGGCCAAGGUUGUAAAGCUGAUGUGGUGAAUUUGGUAAACAACUGUGGUAUGUUCGUUUUAAGGAAUGCGCCAAGGGUAGAUCCAUCUCCACAAUGCUGCGCUGUUGUCCAAAAAGCAAACAUUCCUUGUGCAUGCAGCCAAGUGACCAGUGAGACUCUGAAGGCACUUGACAUGAACAAAGUGGUCUUUGUAGCAAAGUUCUGUGGCAGGCCACUGCGCCCUGGGUCUAAGUGUGGAGCGUACAAUGUCCCACCAGCAGCAUAUCUUGGAUGA